GUGUGUGUGGGGGGGCUCUCUGUACGUCCGGUUUUCAGAUGCUCUCAGUCCGGGCGCUGGAGACGGAUCUGCGCGCUGACGGAGAUAUGGAGGAACUGAUGCGGAUGUUGCCGGAUAGACGAGGACGCGCUUUCUACGCACAGCUUCUCCAAACGGAGCAGCUUCUCCAAACGGAGAGUCCAAACGCUCCAGCUGUGCGCUCUGGGAAUCAGGUCAAAGGUGAAGCACGUGACGACGACCCAAGUAACUACAUUUACUGAAGUCCAGCAUAUGAGUCUUAUUUAGAUCCAGACGAUUUAACCGGGACUCUGUUUUUGUUUCAUACCGUUUAACAUAUUCACCCCUUAUUUAAAGAGAGAUCAAUAAAUUUAGAAAAUUCAUCAGGUUUUAAAAAAUGUGACAGUAGUUUUAUUCAAUAAGAAACAGUUUUUUAGACAUCUUAAUUUAGACCAAGUCUAAAUCUGGGCUAUAUCUAUUAUAUAGGUAUAUUGCUCAAUGGUUAUCAUAAUUAUUUUGGUUAAGUACUUGGAGAUCAGUUAUGCAACUCACCAGGGGCGUCACUAGUCCUAAUACUGUACUGGGGCACACCUGGGGCACAAAGAAUUCAUGAGAGUGUGCGAUAAAAAAAACCAAAACAUAUUCAGCACUUAUUUAUCUUAAAAAACCACAAAUAGUUCUUUAAACUAUUCAAUCGUAUCAGACUACCCAGCGAGCAUUUUGAGGUUGAUUAUACGUCUAAAAUACGUCUAAAUUUAGACUAGACGUCUAGUCUAAAUUUGGUGUAACAGAGGUAUAGAAAUGAAAGUUUUUUCAACGUCGAAAUUUAUAAAUUUUUUCAACAUCGAAAUUUAGAUGUUUUUUUAACGUCGAAAUUUAUACGUUUUUUAAACGUUUUGAUUUAUACGUUGUUUAAACGUGUUUGUUCUACAUUGUUCCGUCUAUAACGUUGAAAUGACGUUAAAUAGACGUUUUCAUUUAAACGUCUUUAUGUUAGACGUUCAUAUGACGUUCAUGCUUCUACCAAAUAUAAACCCAGGUAUAGACAUAGACGUUGAUUGAACGUUUAUUAGACAUCUGGUCUAAAUCCGCCGACCCGGCGGGGACCGGGGACCGGGCGAGCCUCCCCGCGCGCGGACGGUCCCGGCAGCGGCAGCCGCUGGAGCCCGCGGGUCCCCAGUCAGCCUACGGCGCUGACCAAAUGAAUCUAUUAAACUUUCAUUUCUAUACCACUUUUAAACCAUUUUUAGACUACAGGUCCAACGGACGUCCAAAGGCACAAUCGUUUCUUGUAAAUAUUUUAAUAAAUUUACUAAAUAUCAACAAUGCAUAUUACCAUAAGCAUCUGAUAUAUGUAAAUUGCUGAAAAUAUUCACAGGAAACACCAUCUGUAGAGCCAGAUUCUCGACACCAAAAGUUACCUGCUGCUUACCUUGAUACACGUUCUAUUUCGGCAAUGUUGCUUCUCUUUCUGGACUUUUUUGAAUAUUUAGCUUCUACAGUCAUGCUCAUUCAUAAUUUAACACUGAUCUACAUUUGGCAACCGUCAGUCCACUGUAAUUGAAAUCACAGUACAUUUUUUACUCAGAAUAUAACCAUUACAGUCAUGGAGUGGGAAAAACAAUUUUUUAAUCUCACAUCCAGUAAAACGAACAUUUAAAAAAGAAAAAAAUCUAUAUAUCUAUAUAAAACCAUAGCUUGAAAGUACAAAGAACAAGAACAACAACAUUAAGAAAAAUUUAACUAAUACUAAUACCACAGUACAUAAACAGAGAACACAAAAGUACUGAAAUAAACUAUAAAUAUUAACAAUUUUAAGAUAUAUUAAAAAAAAAAGAUUAGCAGGGUGGUGUUCUGGUGGUGCCCCUCCCACCACAUCGAGCUGGUGCCUGUUUCAAAUGGUCCCCAAUUGAUGCUGCGACCAGUUCCUCCGUUGCCGUCGGGAAGUUAGUGCAAACAGACUCUGCAAAAAGAAAAAAAAAAACAAAAGAAACUUGAAUCAUAGUAAGUGUAGAAAUUAUCUAGUAUUGUCCGGAAGGAUUCUUCACUUUUUUACAGCUUCAGGCUUUAAAUGAGUCAGUAACAUGACCAAGAAUAAGUAAUAACUUGCAGAGAUAUAAUUCAUUUACCAAGAACAACUGUGAAGAAAGCAGUUUUCUUUAAGCUUUUUUUCCCCUGGCGUCCUCUACCCAGGAGGUUGUAGUUCCUCUGCACGUCAUUGUGUAAAAUUCUGAAAUGGAUAUCAAAGACAAAUAGAUCUCUUAAGGUGCGUUCACACCGGACAGGCAACGCAACUUGUUGCGUCUCGAGGGCCCGUUGCGUCGAGUGUCCUUAAACGUGUCACUUUGCCACCGUCAAUUCGCGUUGCGCAUUACGUCACGCCUGCUCUAGGUUUCCCCUCGAUCUCGUCGGAUACCGUGUCCAGCGCUGCUCUUUAUUUGCUGAACAAGUCACUAAAACGUCAGAGAAACCCUCGCCGCCGUUGUGCAGGUGCCUGUGUGAACGCACCUUAAUACUGCUUACUCUUGCAAUUCACUAGAAAGACUUGAUAAACACCAACAAUACAUGAUUAUAUUAAUAACAUUGACUAUUAUAUUGUCUUGCAUUCAUUUUCAAGUAUUCAUAUUCAUACCUGUCCAGGAUCCUGCGUGUGCAGGUCUUAAUGUCCUUCCCCCCAAGGUGUGACAAUUGUUGUUUCAGUAUGAUAUAAUCAAAUUAUCAAGAGUGUCUAAUGUAUAGAUUUCUAUAAUUUUUAGCAUCUCUAUUUGACUUACCAGUAAACGUUUUAUGUUGGGGUGCCUAUCGAUUUCCAACAACAUGCGCUGAGCCUCCUCCAAAGUCCUUAACGGCAACUGACGUAUCCGCUCACCCUCAUCUUCAAUGCCCCCUUGCUGGUUGAGCGAUUUCAAUUCAUCGCGGAUUUCCAAAAGUGUUUCCAUGACCACCCGCUGGAACUCUUAGUGAAAAGAUAUGAUUUAGUAACGUUCAAUUCAAUAAUUACAAUACAUAACAUUUUGUACAGUAGUUAUGCCACUCUUACUUUUUUUACUGUCCACAAAACAUGGAGUCUGCAAUAGUGUGCGGACAUCUUUGGGCAAAUUGUGGCCAUGUUUGCGGAGGAUCGCCAACAUCUUAUUAACACUACUGUGAGUCUGCUUUGUUUCUACAGCCCAAGCUGCCACAUCCUCUCUUAGGCUUGACAGUUCAUCUUCAGUUUGGGAUUCCAAGUCAACAAGCUCGGUUUCUUCAUCACUUGUGUCUGGAUAUUCACUUUAACCAUAGUCCUCUUGAUUAUCAGGCUCUUCCAAGGUUGUAUUGAAAGAAGUACUUCCUAAGGUGUCGUCUGUUAACUGGCCAGAUUGACUUGCCAUACCCUCUAGCGUGUCCUCCAAAUUCUGUGCUUCAAAAGAUGUUGUUUCAUUUGGUGGUUGGCCAGAUUGACUUGCCCCACCCUCCUCUUGUGUGUCCUCCUGUGACACAUCCUCAUCACGAGUAAAUUCAUCUAAGAAAUCACCCUCCCUAGCUCUUUUUCUCUACCAUUCUUUGAAAUAAUUAGAGGCCAUAUUCAAUUUCACUGGAAAGAAAACACGUGGAAAAAAGAAAGUAGAAAAAUAAUAAUGUUAAUAACAGUGUGAGCUUGUAGAUCAACCUUUAUAAAAUUGUUUUGUUUUUUUAGUACAGUUGGCAACUUGUGAAGCAGGACAUAAUGUGGUGAGACGCCUCCUCCUCUUGUUUUAUUUUGGCUGGACUUCCUGUGUUUCCUUGUUUGCCUGGUCUGGCUUUACUCUUUUCCAGAGCUUCCUCCCCUCCCCCGGUCACUGAGGCAGAGUGAGACUACACACCUGCUCUACAGCUACAAUCAAGGCACUUUAAGAAGCCAGCAGCCCUCCGCCUCACCGCCAUAGUAUUGUCUUCACUUCCCAGUGGUACAGACGCGUCUACUGGCCUCCUUUCGUGAAUUUGUACUAGUAACUCUGCAGUUCCUGAUUCGUUGUAUGUUUACUCAUUUCCCUCUCCUCUGUUUUUCCUGCAGUGUCUCCAGCCCACACGACAGCCAGCCAACCAGCCUACCGGACUUCCUCUUUUUGCCUUUAACCUGAGUUUGGACAUUAAAAUCACAUCUUAUGUUGAUAUCUGCCUCUGUGUCUGCUUCUGGGUCCUCAAAACACACCAGUCACGCCACACAUAAUGCAUAAUGAAUAUCUUUUGCUCUUGGUAAAAAAAAUAUGUCAAUACCAGUACUUUUAGAUUUUUACUAUUAGCAUUUCCUAUAGCACUGCUAAUGCAUUAACAAAAUAAUAUUGGAAUAAUUCAACUAAUGCGUCCCAUUUCUACCACACAUAGUGAAAAACCCAUCUAUGACAAUAACAGUUAAACACAAAUUUAACUUUAUAAAAAAAUAACACUGGAUAAACAAAAACAACAGUACUGGCAUCAAAAUAUACUUCAUUUUCUAAUUUAAAUGGAUAGCCUAACUAGCAGCUUUUAACCUUGGCUCCAACAGAGAGAGCAGGCCCUUAUUUACUUUCACGACAGCACACGUUAACAUGGACAAUUUAAUGCUGUUGGGCCCAUGCUGGCUAAACUAGCCACAAGCUAGCCCUCGUAGUAGCAACCAGGCUACAUGGGAACUC